UGGCCGCGCGCUUGGGGUCCGCACCUGCUGGCGGCCCCGAGCCCCGUUAACUGCCACCGCUGUUGACCGGAGCCGCCAGUCGUCCUGGCGACUCCGUGGGCUGUCCCCGCGGGGCGGGAGGCCGCCAUGGCGACCCUGGAAAAGCUGGCGAAGGCCUUCGAGUCCCUCAAGUCCUUCCAGCGGCCGCCGCCUCAGCCCACUCAGCAGGUACCGCAGCCUCAGCCGGCACCGCAGCCUCAGCCACCGCCGCCGCCUCAGCCCCCUCAGCCAGCACCGCAGCCGCCGCCGCUUCAGCCGGUACCGCCGCCGCCUCAGCCCCCUCAGCCGGUACCGCAGCCUCAGCCGGCACCGCAGCCUCAACCGCCGCCGCCGCCUCAGCCACCUCAGCCGGCACCGCAGCCGCCGCCGCUUCAGCCGGUACCGCCGCCGCCUCAGCCCCCUCAGCCGGUACCGCCGCCGCCUCAGCCCCCUCAGCCGGCACCGCAGCCGCCGUCGCCUCAGCCGGCACCGCAGCCUCAACCGCCGCCGCCGCCUCAGCCCCCUCAGCCGGUACCGCCGCCGCCGCCGCCUCAGCCGGCACCGCAGCCUCAACCGCCGCCGCCUCAGCCCCCUCUGCCAGCACCGCAGCCGCCGCCGCUUCAGCCCCCUCAGCCGGCACCGCAGCCUCAACCGCCACCGCCGCCCGUCCACCGUGGGUCAGGAGCAGCUGCACAGACGGAAGGUUAAAAUGCAUGUUCAUAACAUCAAGAAAAUCACAAGCAUUUACGAUGUAAUCAGAACUACCUGAGGAUCUGUGAAACUUGGUGAGUUGGUGGAUUUUUUAAAAUGUCUUAAAACAUUUUGUUUUUACAAAGAUUACAGGAGUAAGAGAAGAUAAAUUUUAAUCAACUCUUAAUAUAUUUUUCCUGGUUGAUGUGAUAUAAUUAAAUGUGGGGGAAAAAGGUAAAUUCUACAAGGAGACACUACCUUGAUGGUUUUCUAUGGAGGAAACUCAAGCAGGAGGAAGUUUAAUUUAAAAACAUAAA